UUGAGGAUAACCAUCCAGCAGGUGGAAGGACAUCAUGUUUGCUCUACACUGGAUUUGUGCUUUGACACUUGCUCUGGUCAGCUGCCUGAGUUCCCAGCCUGUGAAAAGGGAUGCCAACGAACAAUUGUAUCAUGUUUCAGAAUUGAAAGCAGCUAUUGAAAAUUUUGAAUGUCCGGACGACAUGAGCUUAUACUCCCCUGUUAACAUCAGAAAGGAAUGCAUGUCUUCAGCUCUGGACUGCACUCUUGAAGAGCUAAAGGUCCUUAAAAGUGAGUGCGACAUUGAUGAAGCUGACAUUGAAACUGUAGACAAUGUCAGUGAUUUACUGAGUCAAACAAACUGGAAUAUUGCAUCUAGCUCAAGCCCAAACUGCAGCUGCGAAAUGUAUGAUCCAGUAGAUGUUAAGCAGUUUAUAGACAACAUCAAACCUCAAGUGCAACAACUCAAUUCCAUGAAAGUGACCAAAGCGACGGCCAAUCUGUGAUUAUGUGAACGGCCAACCUGUGAUUACACUCUUGACCAAUGCAGGAUGCAAGCUAUUUCAUGAUCAGGAAACUAAAAAAGAUAAAAGUUAAAUGUAACUUAAAUGGUUGUUGUUUAUGUAAUGGUCAUAUAAUUUUGGUUUAUGAUAUUAACUGAAUCAUAAUUUUAUGUCUUUAUACAUUGCAUUGCUAGGAAUGUAUCUUUAAUAUAGUUGUGGAUGUAACUUCUAUGAAGACCGACAUGUUGCCAGUUCUCAAAGUUGAAUUUUUUUAUAAAGAAAAGCACUAGAUUUUUUUUUUUUUUUUACAUAAGCUUUGCUGCUUAUUUAUGUAUUUAUG